AUAAACUUUUAGUGGCUAUACAUCUACAAUGUUGUACUAAGGUUCAUGGUUUAUUCAAAACAAAUAACACAGUGGGCUGCAGCCGAGUGCUGUUAUGUCUCUGCUGUUAACUCCAUCCUCUCUGCUCUUGUAUGCUCACUGUCACUCUUUGAAGAAUAGGAAUCAACAAUGAUGGAUGAAGACGAAACUUGGCUGGAGGAAAUGCUGAUGUGCUCAGUGUGCCAGGACAUCUUAAAAGAUCCUCGGCUGCUGCCCUGUGGACACAGCUUGUGUAUGGACUGUCUGGAAAACCUGAAGGAUCAAGCCACAGAGAUGCAGUUAGUCUGCCCAGACUGCAGGUCACAUUUCGAUGAGAGGGACGGACAUUGGGUACAGAAGAGCUAUGCGCUGUCCAAUAUCGCAGAGAACUUCAGGGUGAACAAGACCAGGAGGGAAAAGCAGACAAGAUGUGUGCACUGUGACUGCUGCCCAACAAAAGAAACUCUGGCCGUUAAAACAUGUCUGAAGUGUGAGGUGUCACUGUGCACAGAACACGUCAGGGACCACCUGGAGCUGCCGGUGUUCAUAGGACACCCCCUGGUCCAGCCUCUGGGUGACCUCCUGGACAGGAAGUGUUCACAGCACAAGGACGAGGUUCUGAGGUACUACUGCAACUCCUCCAGACGCUACAUCUGCAACAUCUGUGCCCUGGAAAUCAAGCAGCUCAACGUGGCCACUGAGGCCUCCACUGUCUUGCGGAGGCAGCUGACUGAAUACAUGGACCAGAACUUCCAAAUACUGAGGCAGCAAAUUACAGAAUCUACAGACCUUCGACGUAAUAAACAGAAGGUAAAACCUGCCGACUCGUGCCUCAACGGCGUCACAGUGGUCCUGCUCUUUCUCUGGUUCAUCGUUCUGUAUUAUGCCUACAACUACUCUCUGGAAAACCAGACGCUAACAGAAGCCUUGGAGAAGCAGCAGAACCGUGUGCAUCACAUCUACUCCACCGUUGCAGAACUCAUGGUUGAUCACCGAAUGAAACGCCACAAACAACCGGGAACAGAAGAUGAAGGAAUCCUCAUGUCGGACCUGGACACUGUCAGUCAUUUCCUUGGAGACUCUGCUCAUCUCAAAACAGCAGAAACAUUCAAAGCACAACUGGAAUAUCCCAAAAGUGGCUUUGAUGAAGCCCUGCUGGUCCUCCCUUCCGAGUGCUUUUCCUCCGGGACUCAUGUCUGGGAGGUGGAGGUUGAGGGCCCCUGGAACAUCGCUGUGUCCUACAGGAGCAUCCAGGACAGCAGCGCCUCUGGAGACACCGCAGAGUCCUGGAGCCUUACGCACAGUGGCAAAGGCAAACUAUUUGCCGUUCAUGGUAAUAGAAAAACGGCUCUGUCUGAAACUUUGCAGAGCAGCCGAAUAGCAGUGAUGGUUAAUUUUAAGGAAGGCAGCAUCACAUUUAGUGCUGUGGAUUCCACCAUCAUGCAGCUGCAUGAGUUCAAGACUGAACUGACUCGGCCUGUGUGUCUGUGGCUUCGUCAUGUAGAUAAAUAAUCCUGCAGUGUCACAGCAUACAGACUACAAUCAGACUGGAGGAGAACGUGUCUGAGAGUCGAGACCAAAGCCAAAAAAACACCUCAGGAAUAUACUUUUAUUUUGCCAAGUGCAUUUACGUAUGAUUAAAUUAAAUGUUUCAGUAUAAAUGUAAUUUAAUACAAAUUGUAUAUCAGAUUGGGCUUGCUGGCUUCCAAAUUGACCAUUCUUAAAGAAUCCAACACAAAGCUAUGACUGACUCAGUUCUGAAGAUAUUCCAAAACUGACCGUCGUUUUUGCACCCAAAGCAGCUCUUCAUCCCUGUUGCCUUUGGAGAAAAAAAGUGAAACAAUAUUCCUGUGAUCAAUGUGCAAACUACGCCAUGGUGACAUUUAUGAAUCGCUGGAUUUAGCUUCUGUUUAUCAUAUUUCUAUCAAUAAAAAUGAGAAAACACGUGAAA